AUGCAUAUCUCAGCACCCCUCAUCCUCGCCAUCUUAGGGCUCGCCCAAGCCCAAGCCGCCAACACCAACUACAACUCCAAGCCCGACAUCCUCAGCUACAUAAACCCCCUAAUAGGCUCAACAGAUGGCGGGAACGUCUUCACAGGCGCCUCACUCCCCUACGGCCUCGCCAAAGCCGUCGCCGACGUCGACGGCCAAAACACCGCCGGCUUCGCAACAGACGGCAGCAACGUGACGGGCUUCUCAGCGCUGCACGACUCAGGCACAGGCGGGAACCCCUCCCUAGGCAACUUCCCUCUAUUCCCGCAAAUAUGCGCAGACGGGGAGCUGAAUAAUUGCCUCUUCGACAAGAGCAAGAGGGCCAGUCCUUACCUCAAUGACUCGGUUGUGGCUCGCCCGGGGUAUUUUGGGGUUGAGCUGGUGAGGGGUGGGAUUAAAGCAGAGAUGACGGUUUCGGAGCGUGCGGCGUUGUUUCAGUUUACUUUCCCCUCUUCUGGUGCUGGUUCUGAAGGGAGUCCGUUGGUUUUGCUGGACUUGACGGAUCUCUGGGAUAGUCGGCAGAAUGCCUCUGUCUCUGUUGAUGCCGGAGAGGGAAGGAUACUCGCCAAUGGGACGUUUCUGCCGUCCUUUGGUGCCGGGUCGUACAAGUCGUAUACCUGCGUGGACUUCUAUGGUGCUGAUAUCCGCGAUAGCGGGGUUUGGGUGAAUGACCGUGCGGGCACAGAGGUUCAAGAUCUGUACGUGACGAGGGGGUUCAAUUUGUUCUACGUACAGGGCGGCGGAUUCAUCAGGUUUAAUCGGCCGAAGGGUGAUGGUGAUUUGACAGUUACUGCGCGCGUUGGGAUGAGUUACAUAAGUAACGAACAGGCGUGCCAGAAUGCAGAGAAGGGAAUUCCAAAACCACUAGAAGAUUUCAGGCGGUUGAGGGGCGAGGCCGAGGAGGCGUGGAGGGAGAAGCUGAGCCCUGUAUCAAUCAAGCCUGGGGGAGCGGAUGAAGAGCUGCAGAGGAGUUUCUGGAGCGGGAUUUAUCGCAACAUGCUUGAUCCGCAGGACAUGACGGGCGAGAACCCGCUGUGGAAGAGUGAGGAGCCGUAUUUCGACUCGUUUUAUUGUAUAUGGGACUCCUUCAGAGUGCAGCACCCGCUCCUUACCAUUGUUGACCCUGAAACGCAGUCGCGCAUGGUCCGUAGUCUUCUGGAUACGUAUAAGCAUGAAGGCUGGCUACCAGACUGCCGGAUGAGCUUGUGCAAGGGCUGGACGCAGGGCGGGUCAAAUGCUGAUGUUGUCCUUGCGGAUGCAUACGUCAAGAACCUUACUGGCAUCGACUGGUCUCUCGCAUACAAGGCCAUGGUCAACGAUGCCGAGAACGAGCCGUUGGAGUGGUCGUACGAGGGCCGUGGGGGUCUCCAGAGCUGGAAACGCCUGAACUAUAUCCCCUACCUCGACUUCGAUUAUCUAGGCUUCGGGACGAACUCUCGGAGCAUCUCGCGGACUGUGGAGUACUCAUACAACGAUUUCUGCGUGUCGACUGUUGGGGAAGGCUUAGGAGAAAACGGAUAUACGACGUACCUCGCGCGAGCGGAUAAUUGGAAAAACCUAUACAAUUCCGAUCAGACUUCUGAUAUAAACGGUACGGACAGCGGGUUCGUGGGGUUCUUCCAGCCUAAAUUCUUGAACGGGACAUGGGGAUACCAAGACCCCAUCGCCUGCAGUGCCCUUGCCUCCUGGUGCUCGCUGACGGACAAUCCGUCUGAAACCUUCGAGUCCAGCGUCUGGGAAUACCAAUUCUACGUCCCCCACGACAUGGCCUCCCUAAUCGAGACCCUAGGCGGCGACGACGCCUUCGUCAAGCGCCUCGACUUUUUCCACGAAUCCGGCCUUGCCGAUCUUGGUAAUGAGCCUGUCUUCCUAACAGUCUACCAAUACCACUACGCCGGACGACCCGGUCUCUCCUCUCAACGUGUGCACGGGUACAUACCCUCGCGCUUCAAUACCUCUACCUCGGGCCUACCAGGAAACGACGACUCCGGUGCCAUGGGCGCCUUCACAGUGUUUUCAAUGCUCGGUCUCUUCCCGAACCCUGGUCAGAAUGUGUAUCUUAUCACAGCGCCGUACUUUGAGGAGGUGAGCAUUACGAGUCCGCAGACGAAUAAGACGGCAACGGUGAGGAGCGUGAACUUUGAUCCUGAGUACAAGGAUAUUUAUAUCCAGAGUGCAAAGGUGAAUGGGAAGGCGUAUAGGAAGAGUUGGAUUGGACAUGAGUUCUUUACUGAGGGGUGGACGUUGGAAUUGGUUCUUGGGCCGGAGGAGAGUGACUGGGGACGGGAGGAGAAGGAUCGACCGCCGAGUUUAUCGAAGGGCGUUGGGAGGUCUUGA